AUGUAUUGUGGAGAUUACGUACAAGGAACGAUUUUUCCCGCUCCAAAUUUUAAUCCCAUUAUGGAUGCCCAGCUGCUAGGAGGAGCCCUACAGGGAAUUAAUUGUGAAAAAGACGUGCUGAUUGAUGUCCUAACGCAGCGUUGCAAUUCACAGCGGCUCAUGAUUGCUGAGGCGUACAGAGACAUGUAUGGCAGGGAUCUGAUAACAGACCUAAAAGAGAACCUCUCUCAUCACUUCAAAGAAGUCAUGGUUGGCUUGAUGUAUCCACCUGCCUUCUAUGAUGCCCACGAGCUCUGGCACGCCUUGAAGGGUGUAGACACAGAAGAAAAAUGUCUAAUUGACAUAUUAGCCUCAAGAUCAAAUAUGGAGAUCUUCCAGAUGAAAGAAGCCUACCUAAUGCAAUAUAAUAAUGAUCUUCAACAAGAUAUUGAUUCUGAGACUUCAGGUCACUUCAGAGAUACACUCAUGAACCUUGCUCAGGGAACAAGAAUGGAAGGAUAUGCAGAUCCUUCUACAGCUGCCCAGGAUGCAAUGAUUCUAUGGGAAGCAUGUCAGCAGAAAACAGGAGAACACAAAAAUAUGCUGCAAAUGAUCCUCUGCAACAAGAGCUACCAGCAGCUGUGGAUGGUUUUCCAGGAGUUCCAAAAUAUCUCUGGGCAAGACAUAGUAGAGGCUAUUAAUGAAUGUUACGAUGGAUACUUUCAAGAAUUACUGGUUGCAAUAGUUCUCUGUGCUCGUGACAAGCCUUCCUACUUUGCUUACAGGCUUUAUAAUGCAAUUCAUGACUUCGGGUUUCACAACAAAACAGUUAUAAGGAUUCUCAUUUCCAGGAGUGAGAUUGAUUUGAUGAAUAUACGACAGCGAUACAAAGAGAGAUAUGGGAAGUCACUCUUUCAUGAUAUUAAACAUUUUGCUUCAGGGCAUUACGAAAGUGCUUUGCUUGCUAUCUGUGCCGGUGAUACCGAAGAUUAUUAA